GGACUUGCAGAGUUAUUAUAAAAUUCUUAUGCGCUCAUUUGUUUGGCCCUUGAUAGCUCAGGGUUUUCUACUCGAAAUUGCGAUUAUAUUUCUCUAUGUUCCUGCACAAAGCAGAAACGCUUCGUCUGAUGGAACAGCUUGCCAACAUGGCAAUGAAACACCUUAUCACAGAGGAAGGUUUCCAAGAAGAUAGGGAUUUGCCUUCUAAGACUAGGAACUUUAUGCCACGACAAGUGUCUUCUCUGAAGAGAGAUCUCGAUGCAAGACAAAGGAGUGAGGCAUACAGGAUAAAGUUCAAGUUGCCCUCCACAGAAAAGCUUCAUGGAGAUACAGAAUGCACCCUGUGGACACCAUAUAACAAGCAGCACGUGUGGGGUAGGAUGUUUAUAUCCCCUAACUACAUCUGCUAUGACAGCAGGGUGUCAGACCUUGUGUCUGUGAUCAUUCCUAUGAGGGACCUGUUUGUAGUGGAGAAGAAGGAGACUUGCACGGGCAACAUCAUAACUAAUGGACUGAUCUUUACCACGAAACUCAAGGUUAAUUUCCUGUUCGCUGAGUUAAAGGACCGGCAAUUUAUCCUGGAAAAAAUAUCAGACUUUCUGGCUAAGUUGCCAGAUCAAAGACCGGUCAGCGGCGACAACCUGAGCAUCUGUAGCACCAGCAGCAGCAGCAGCUUUAUCAAGGUCGCUCGUGGCGAGGGCGUCCGCAGCUGCUCGCCGCACUCUAUCGGCUCCGACAACGGCUUCGUGAAGGUCGCCGGCGUCGCGUUCGACAGCGGCACCGCGGAUUCGGACGCCACGCCGACGGGCACCAUGGCCUUCCAGCCAGCACUCUUGCAUCUCUUCCCUAUGCCACAGGCAGGAGAGAUCGCUGCCAGAGAGGCAGUCAAAGAGCAUCUGUGGAACAUUCAUUUUGCUGAAUUUGGAAGGGGGAUAAGUAAUUACCGCACCUCAAAGACAUAUGAUCUGGUGACCAAGGGGGUACCUCAGAGCCUGAGAGGGGAACAGUGGCUUGUGUAUUCAGGAGCCAUUAAUGAGAUGGCAACACAUCCUGGCUACUAUGCCUCUCUAGUAGAGAAAAGUGUUGGCAAGAUGUCAAUAGCAAGUGACGAAAUAGAACGAGAUCUUCACAGAUCACUGCCAGAGCAUCCAGCAUUUCAGUCCGAGGUUGGAAUAGGAGCCCUUCGACGGGUGUUAAGUGCAUAUGCGUGCCGAAACCCCAGCAUAGGCUAUUGCCAAGCCAUGAACAUCGUUACAUCUGUGUUACUUCUCUACGCCUCUGAGGAAGAGACUUUCUGGCUGCUUGUUGCGCUAUGUGAAAGACUGCUACCCGACUACUACAAUACCAAGGUCAUUGGAGCCAUCAUUGACCAAGGUGUGCUGGAAGAUCUCACGCGAGAGAAUUUACCUGAUCUGCAUGAAAGGUUGGAGGAUCUGGAUGUUUUACACAUGAUCUCAUUGUCUUGGUUUCUCACCAUUUUCCUGAGCACGAUGCCGUUCGAGAGCGCCGUCAACAUCCUCGACUGCUUCUUCUACGACGGUGCCAAGGUCAUCUUCCAGAUCGCGCUGACGGUGCUGGACGCGCGGCGCGACGCGCUGCUGACGUGUCGCGACGACGGCACGGCGAUGACGACGCUCAGCGGCUACCUGGAGCGCGUGCACAACCGCGAGCCGACGAUGCCGCACAUCCUACACAGCGUGCUCGUCGGCAGCGCACCCGUCGACGUUCCCGGCGAGCCGUCGGUGGACAUCUCCGAGCUCAUCUACAACUCGUACCUGAACUUUGGCUUCCUGCGAACGACGACGAUAGAGAAGCUGCGACUGAAGCACCGUCUACGCGUCGUGCAGGGCCUAGAGGACAUCACUAUGCGCAACGUUGUUCGCAGUGUCGUCGGCGCCACCGCCUGGAAGAAUGACGAACUACAGGAGCUGUAUCUGAUUUUCAAGGAGGAGAGGCUGAGUGCAACUUAUUACAAGACCCAUCAGGGUAUAGGAAAUGAUCCUGACAAAUACGACCUGUCGCUGCCUUACUACAUGCACCACAAGAUCAACUUUGACCACUUCAAAUUCCUGUUUCUGUGCCUUUCACCAUGGGGUCAGGGGAUCCAUGGGGAAACACUGGCUACCAGGGCAUUCAGGCUUUACGACCGCAACGCUGAUGGCUUGAUCAACUUCAAGGAGUUUGUUGACUGCUUGGCUGCUAUGUGUCGUGCUGAACUGCCUGAUAGGGCGCAGCUGUUCUAUCGAAUGCACCAGCCCCCGGCGCUGCUACCAGGGGACCUGGACAGUCCCACAUCUGAUGGCGCUGAGGUUGCAUCCGAGGCGACGGAUUUCUUUGAAUGUGCUGCGCUGCGACCGCCGAAGGAAAGGUCGAUUAGUGAGACGAUUACUGAGCGUGAGGAUUCCCCCAUGAUUCUGCUCGACACUGACGACUCCAGCCAGGAAACAGGCAAAAGCUCCGAAGUAGACAUUCUUGAGAAAUACCGCACAAAGAAGACUAACCUUCCUCGAAGUGAUAGCAAAGAAGCUAUGAAGAUUCUUCCUAAGAUGUCCCAGGAACAGUUCAUCCAGCUGUGGAAGUCGCUGUACGAUCUGUUCGUCGACGAUCCGUGCGAGCAAGAGCUCUACCAAGCGAUAGCGACGCUGGGCACGCUGCUGCUGCAGAUCGGAGAGGUCGGCAAACAGUUUCUACACAGAGAGGCCGACGACGAUGAGAUCGGUAAGCCCAUUGCUGAGGACCAGGAGGCUGUCAUGGCUGCUCUGGCGGAUGCCGCUACGGAGUCUGACAAAGCUACGCAGGAUGAGUGUGAGUCAAGCGGCGGCCAGGGCUCACCGCAGCACACGCAGGAGGAAUCGCACGACGGCGCGCAGAAGUCAGACGACCUUCCCGGCGUCAUCGCGGACGCAGAGGUGGUGCCAGCUAGCAGCCCGGCGUCGCCACCAAAGUCGAGCGGCAAGACGCUGGACGUGGCUGGCCACGGCGACGGUGGUUCGAGGCCGGACGACGGCUGGUCGAUAACGUUCGAGCAGUUCCUCGCCUCACUGCUCACCGAGGAUCCGCUGUGCGCGUUCUUCGAGCAGCAGACUGACAUCGUCGCCGCCAUCGAGAGGCUGAGGGAGAAGCGGCUUGACCGGCAGGGCAGCGGGCCGACCGGCUCGCUGACCGGUGCAGCAUCGACCCCGCCGUACGUGUAGCGCGGGAGACGGGAGGAGAGAGGGGGUUGCCGCACGGGCACGGCUUCCCCAGUGUGGCGACCGCGCGUGGCUCCUGCAGUCACUCCGCUGUGCGCGUGUGUGCAGCUGUGCUUACUCAUGUGAGCCUGCCGUGUAGCUAGGUGUGUGUGCAUGAUAGCUACACCGUGUAGCUAGGUGUGUGUGCAUGAUAGCUACACCGUGUAGCUAGGUGUGUGUGCAUGAUAGCUACACCGUGUAGCUGUGUGUGUGUGAGCGUGAUAGCUACACCGUGUAACUGUGUACGUAAGCGGAUAGCUGCGCUGAAGUAAGGAAAUUGUGGUGGUUGUUAGGUUUGCAUGGUGAAUGGAUGUGGGCAAAAUUUUUCUGGAGACGAGUCUGAUGUCAUUGUGACUGGUAUGGUGUCGAGAAGGUGUAAAAUAUCAUCUUUUUCAUCGUGAAAGUUCCUACAUACUCCGUUUUGAGGGCCCAAGUUCAGUUAUGUCGGGUCAGUGUCUCUUAUUAUGUUGGUUGGUUCUCAUUAAUAUGAAAUCUAUUCAGUCUGGUCACAUACUGUUUUUCUUCGUCUCCUCGUGGUUUUGUGCGGUCGCAGUGGGUGCUCUGCACGAACUCACAAGAAUGUCUAAAGAAUCCAGUCAAAGUAUUGGCUACUGUUCAGCAGAGCCAAUCUCUUAUAACCAUAACCGAUCGAUAGGUUAUUCACCACAUACCUCUAUACCUAUAUUUACUCAUUCGUUUGUGCUAAGAUUUUAACACAAGACUAUUAUAUGUCAAGUUUUAUCAUGUAAGAUAGUAAUUUUAGCAUAUCAGACAUUUCAAUUAGAUAUUUUCUGCUUUAUACCGUGUUCACACAUAUAAUCAAACAAUUGGACAUAAUUAUUGCGUUCAAAGCUGAUGGGAAUGAGAAUGUGAUGACGUUUCAAAGCAGGAUGUCUAUGCUGGAGUCUGGAGAAGACAUCAAUAAACAAGAAUCUAAAAACCUGUACAUAUUCCCGUGUACAUUAAAAACAUAGAACUAGCCAUCUUUACAGUAUAUGUUCAUUGUGUGUUUACAUGCUGGCGUAACGUGACAAAGUUAUUGACAUCUUAUUCAUCACUCAUUUGUAUCAUUGGUGUUUAUAUUUGGUAUCCUUUCAAUGCAUUUACGUUAGCAUGUCUUGAAUUAAGUACAUUUCUCAAGAAUUUGUGUUUGUAAUAGUAGCUGUGACUUAAGGCAGUAAUUGCAUAAAGUUAAGCUUGCCAAAAAAAGAAUUUCUCUCAGUAUUACCUAGGGGUAUAACAAACAUAUAAAUAAAUAUAUAAACAACUACGAAUACCUAUACUAAUUUUGUUCUUAACGUUUAUAGAGCUAAACGAAGAAACUGUGGUAAUGGAACUGGGUAAACAGAAAGGCAAGUACAAGUGUAUUGAGAAUCAAGGAUCGAGGAAGAUAAUGUAAAUAAACUCAUCAGUUGUAACUAAUUCAAUAA